AUGGACAUGAUGGACUAUUAUCGCAAGGAGUUGAAUAUAAAUAUGCUAGACGAAGCAAAAGUUCUAGACGGUGUAAAGAAAAAUCUUCAGAAGGUGGCAGAUGUUAUGUUUGGAUUCGACGCGUCUUGUAGGUUAAAAGCCCAAGAACUUGUUUAUAAUUGGAAGCGUGGCGUACUCUUAGCUCGAAAUAUCCUUAUUUUCUUGAUACGAAAGAUUAAAUGA